AUGCAGGACAUCUCCCACUUGCUGGCUAGCACCUUUGAGGACCUGUACACUGGAGAUGUUAUCGGGGUGGACAUGGAGACAAACUGGAUCAAGUCCCGAGGAGGAGACAAUGUUUAUCAUGAGAGUUUUACGGCGGAGCUAAAGAAGCUUCUUGCUGAGUAUAAGUGCCGACUGACAGAAGCUGACAUAGUAGAAGAGAACAUCAUUCAGGCCCAGGAUCGAGCAAAAGCUGAAGAAGAAAGGGUCCUAAAUGUGCUGAAGGCAGAUGCGGGGGAAGAUUUCUACAAAAUAGGAUUGCCACCAGUGGCAUCCCCUUUCAGGUGGAUUGUUGAUAAUGAACUUCUCAGAAAAAAUCAUUUAACCUGCCCUGAUGAUUACAUCACUGAUAAAUUACCUUUUACUAGAGCACCGAAAGGAAAAUCAGAACCUGGCUACAUGAAAGAUACAUUUAGUUUUAGACAGCAUAUUUCUUCAGGCUCGCAGGACCAGAUGCCUGCAGAGAUUGCAUACCUACAGAAAAUAUCUGGUAGUCUGCCAAAUGUGUCCUUAGGCACAUUAACUCUGCCUUCAACUCCAGAGUCUAGCCACCAGACUAAAAAGGCAAGUCAGAAAACUAAUGCCUCACAGAAGCUAGCCUGGAAAGACAGUAAAUGCAAAGCAGAAGCAAAAAGUCAGUGUGCUUACCUUGCCAAACUUGAAAAGAGGCAGAAUUACUUGAAGAACCCCCGCUUUUUCCCACCAAAUACUCUUCAUGGAGGCAAAUCUCUUGUCAUUUCUCAAGAAAAGGUGGAACAAACCAUAGCCAGAAGAAAAGCAGAAGAUAAUAACGGUGAUACCUCAUUUGUUCCUGUGUUUCUUGCCAAUCCACCUACUAUUUUGUUUUCUGAUUAUGAAGUUGGCCAGGUUUAUGAGAUGACUGUAGAGCUGCGGAACAUCACUUCAACAUGUCAAUAUGUAAGACUUAUCCCCCCCUCUACUUCAGCAUUUGCCAUUGGGCCAGGAAAAUUUCCAGGAAAGGGAGGAAUGAUUGCUCCUGGAAUGACAUGCCAGUAUUCGGUCCAAUUUAUUCCUGAAUAUCUACAAGAUUAUGAAGAUUGUAUAUUAGUGGGGACUCAAGUAUCAGAAACUCUUCUGAUCCCGAUCCAAGCUAAAAGACCACCUCCGGUGUUAACAUUGCCUCACAUUAUAGACUGUGGUUCCUGCCUUGUUGGAGGAAUAAAAGUAACAAUGAUUGUGUGCAAAAAUGAGGGAAUUAGCCCUGGGAAGUUCUCUAUAAUGCCAAAGAAAGCCUGGCCACCUCCUAAUUUCAGGACUGUUGCCACUGUUGGUUUUGUGAUACAAGAACCUUUUGGGAUCCAUCCUGCUGUUUUUGAGCUAGCUCCAGGGCAGAGUACAACAGUAGAGGUAGCAUUUUUCCCUUCUUUUCCAGAAGUCUCAGACCUAACAUACACUGUUGUUUGUGACAAUUACCAAGUCAAUGAUGUUACAGUCACAGGGGUUGGACAGCUGAUAGCUCUGGAGCUCUUGUUCGUCACAGGUGGAGAAAGCAAACCUGAACCUGGUGAAGUUACUGAUGUAACAGCACAGCAUCUCAUACGAUUUGACCCCCAAAACCCACACACCACUGAAGAGAAGAAAUUGGUUAUAAGAAACUCUACCCAUGUAGAACUUCCUUUCUACUGGCAGAUAAUGAAGCCUAAUCUAAAACCAUUAAUACCAGAAGAAACCUCAGACUUUAUGAAGGUCAAAUACAGUCAAGACACAGAGUCAGCCUUCUCCCUAAAUCCUGAGCAGGGAGUUUUGCUUCCCCAUACGGAUCAUGAGUUUAUUCUCAUUUACACUCCACAGGAGCUGAAGAGUUAUCACAGUGUGAUUCAGAUGGUACUGAGGGGCAUCCCAGAAUCACCUUGUAAUCUGAGAAACAGGAUGCUUCAAAACAUUCCAGAGUACAGAAAAGAGGAUGUAAUAGCACUGGAAAUAGAAGUUAAAGGAUCAACAGAACCAUUUCAUCUUCUUCUGGAACCAUAUGCCAUUAUUGUCCCUGGAGAAAACUUUAUUGGUGUAAAUGUCAGGAAAACAUUUAAGAUGUGGAAUAACAGCAAAUCACUGAUCAAGUACACAUGGGAGAAAAUCAUGUCCUGUGAGAUCAUGGAAGUUGAACCUCAUACUGGCAUCAUAGAUAUGAAUAAAUGCUGUGAAUUUGAACUGGCAAUUACUGGAAGCAAACCUGGGCGCGUCAGCUGUAAUCUGCAGUGUAAAAUUGAACACUGUCCAGAGCCAGUUGUGCUGCAUGUUGAGGCUGCUUUUAAGGGUCCACUUCUUUGUAUUGAUGUUCCAUCACUCUGGUUAGGUUUGACUAAGCAGGGUGAGAGUGUGGUAAGAACCUUUGAGAUUAAAAAUCUGUGUCAGCUGCCAGCACAAUGGAGAAUGCAAGAAAGCCAAGACUGUCUAGCUGAAAGGAAUGAAGAGGUAUCUCCCUUUACCAUUCAACCGUCUGCUGGAGAAAUACCUCCUUUGGGUAUAUGCAGCGUGUCAGUUCAAUUCACAUCAUUGCUGUGCCAGCAUCUCCAGACAGUAUUAGAACUAGAGGUAGAAAAUGGAGAAGGAAG